CUAAUCUUUUAACUGAAACAAACAGCCAUCCACACAAACACACACUCUCUCCAUUUUUUCCUCUUUGGUUCAAUCGAGUUGUUCAUAGAUCAGUAGAUGGCUGGUGUCCUCGAAACUCUUACUGUUCCCCGAACUUCCGGCUUUCCGUCGGCGUCUUUGUCUCCGAUCGUUUCUUCUCCUCUUUCUCGGCUCUCUGGUCGCCGGAAUAUUAUAAAACUGCCGGAAUCAAGAGGUUUGAGAAUCCAGUCGUUUGGUUCUUCCGGAUCGGUGAGCUUGAGAGCUAAAUCUGGUCGCCGUGGAGCACGUAUCGUAUGCGAGGCUCAAGAAGCCGUCCAAGUGCUUCCUGUCACUGAUGCAACAUGGCAAUCACUAGUCCUUGAAUCUGGUCUCCCUGUAAUGGUUGAAUUCUGGGCUCCAUGGUGUGGGCCAUGUCGUAUGAUUCACCCAGUGAUAGAUGAACUUGCAAAGGAAUACAAUGGGAAGCUCACUUGUUACAAGGUAAAUACUGAUGAGAGUCCUUCAAUUGCAAGCCGAUAUGGAAUAAGAAGCAUUCCAACUGUCAUUAUAUUCAAAGAUGGAGAGAAGAAAGAUGCUGUCAUUGGUGCAGUUCCUAAAUCAACCCUGUGUAGCUGCAUAGAGAAGUUCUUGUAGAGGUAUUGUUAUGUAUAUACAGUUCUAGAUUUGUUCUUAUUUAGUUCUAUAAUCUGUUUCAUGAUGUCUACCUUUUGAUGUCAUGAAGCAGAUGCUUUGGCCUUUGAGCAUCAUCAAUAAUUUCCCCGUAUAGUUGGAUCUUAAUGUAUUUUCUGAAGCCAAACUGCAAAAAAAUCAUUUGACAUGUUUAUUGUUUUCUUUUA